AUGGCAUUUGGUGGUGGUGGAUAUGCAAUAAGUCGACCUUUGGCUAUGGUUUUAGCUAGGGUUUUGGAUUCUUGUUUGAUGAGAUAUCCAAGUCUCUAUGGAAGUGAUGCUAGGAUUUUCUCUUGUUUGGCCGAGCUUGGAGUGAGUUUAACACAUGAACCUGGUUUUCAUCAAGAUGAUUUAUGGGGAAAUUUAUUUGGAUUGCUUUCAUCACAUCCAUUAUCACCAUUACUAUCACUUCAUCAUAUAGAAGAUGUACAAUCAAUGUUCCCUAACAUGACCAAAAUUCAAGCUCUACAACAUUUCUUCAAAGCUGCUAAUGUUGAUCCUGCAAGAAUAUCACAACAAACUAUUUGUUACGAUCGAAAAAAUUCAUUAUCUAUCGCAGUGGCAUGGGGUUACGCGAUACAAGUAUACGAGGGCAACAUUAAAGUCCCUGAGCUUAUAACAGUUUUAAGGUCGUUUGAUUCGUGGGAUAAAGAUAAGAAAAAACCAUAUUUUAUGUUUAAGACAAAGGUGGAAUCUAGGGGACCUUGCAAGAAAAUGGUUGCAUUUUUGGAUAGUGUUGAUUCAAAUGGAGAUAAAGUUUGGAGUAAUUAUACAAGGCAUAGAGUUGUGGGAAAAACUUGCACAAAAGAUGGCAAUAAAGUAAUCAAGAAUUUGGAAGAGAUUAGAGUCCACUCUAGGAAGCUGGAUACUAAUACUAGACAGGUUAGGGCGCCACGUCGUCAGUGUUGUGACAUAUCAUCGUCGUCCAAGAAAUCUAUGGAUAUUCAAAUCAGACCAUGUGGGAUUGAUGAGUUAAUUACAAUGUCUCCCUAA